AUGGGUGGUGGAUCGGCGGCCCACCCGGCGGCGAGUGAGAAGGCCGGCGGCGCCGCCGGCCUUCUUGAGGUGGAGAAAAGCCUGGCAAGGGCUCGUGCCGCCAUCCGCCGCUCGGCUGCCGCUAUCUUGAAUUCUUCUUCUCCUCCUUUUCCUCCUUUGGGUAAUUCGCUAGUAUUCCAGGGAGGAGGAGGAAGCGGGGAGUUUGUGCCCAGCGGGGAGGUCUACCGCAACCCGGCGGCGUUCUACAGGUAUGGAGGCAGAAUUCGGAGGAUAUCUAUCUAUCUAUCUAGCUAUCUAGGAGUCAUCAAGUUACUGUAUAGAUAGAUGGUUAAUCAUGGGAAGACUGUCGUGACCGACAUAGCAGAACGGGGAGAUUGGUGCGAGCUGUUUGUAGGUAAUUCUCGGCAUGAUCACGCGUGGGCCUAGUUUCUUGGUCUUCAUUUUCUCUCUCUCUCUAACCCUCUUAACCUCCCUAUAAUGUUCUCUUUUUCUCUCUCGACCUCUCUCUAUCUCUCUCUAUCUCUCCCCCCCCCCCCAUUUGUGUCGUUGCAUCAUUGCAGUAUGUGCGAAGGAACACGGUCAUGAUGGUCAUCACCAUCUCUAUCUCUCUUUCUCUCUCUGCGCUCAUCUCGCCGCUGGCUUACAGCUUCAGUAAGAAGGGGUGCUGCUAUAAUGGUCACAUCGCCUGAAGAGAGAGAAAAGUGCGAAGAAUCUCUCUCUGGAUUCCGUCUCGUUGCAUGCUUAACUUUAACCAUGCAGGGGGUGCUACUAAUGAUACUUACAACCCUUGAAGAGAGAGAGAGAGAGAGAGAGAGAGCGAAUCAUGGGGGAUUACUCAACAAUUACGUCGACCUCUCUCUCUCGUUCUCAUCCCCGGACACUGUUGUCGUCGACGGUGGCAGGAGCUACCUGGAGAUGGAGAGACGGUUCAAGGUAUAUGUGUACGAGGAGGGCGAGCCGCCCCUGGCCCACGCCGGCCCCUGCAAGGGCCUCUACACCACCGAGGGCCGUUUCAUCAACGCCAUGGAGGACCUCCGCCGCGCCGCCGCCUCCGCCACCGCCGGCGGCGGGAGGGGGCUAUUCUUGACGGAGGAUCCCUCCCGCGCCCACGCCUUCUUCAUGCCCUUCAGCGUCGCGAUGAUGGUGCGCUUCGCCUACCGCGAGGGUUCCUACGACCUCCUCCCGCUCCGCCGCCUCGUCGCCGGCUACGUCCGCUCCGUCGCCGCCCGCCAACCCUUCUGGAACCGCUCCGCCGGCGCCGACCAUUUUAUCCUUUCCUGCCACGACUGGGUGAGACCCCCCCCUUGCCCCAAACUUGGGUUUCUUCUCCGUUGACAUUGACGAGAUAUCUCGCCCUGCAGGGCCCACACGUUUCGAGGGCUGACCCGCGACUGUUCUUCAACUCCAUCCGGGUCCUCUGCAACGCCAACACCUCGGAGGGGUUUGACCCCGGCAGGGACGUGAGCCUGCCGGAGAUAAACCUGCGCACCGGCGAGCUUCCAGUGGAGCUUCUCCUCCCCCCGCCGGUUGGCGGCGACAGGCCCAUCCUGGCCUUCUUCGCCGGCGCGGGCGACCACGGCCCGAUCCGGCCGGCGCUCCUCCGCCACUGGCGGGGCCGCGAGGAGGGCGGCAUGAGCGUCCAUGAGCAGCUCCCCGGCGGCGCCACCGCCUACUACGGGAUGAUGCGGCGGUCGAGAUUCUGCCUCUGCCCAAGCGGGUACGAGGUGGCGAGCCCGCGGGUGGCGGAGGCCGUGUACGCGGGGUGCGUGCCGGUGUUGAUCUCUGAGGGGUACGUGGCCCCGUUCGGGGAUGUGCUGCGCUGGGAGGCGUUCUCGUUGGCGGUGGCGCCGCCCGAGAUCCCUCGGCUGAGGGGGAUCCUCACCGCCGUACCGGAGGCGGAGUACCGGCGGCUGCAGGCCAACGUGGGGAAGGUGAAGAGGCACUUCCUUUUCAACAGCCCUCCGAAGAGAUUCGACGUCUUCCAUAUGAUCCUCCACUCCGUCUGGCUCCGAAGGCUCAACAUCCGACUGACCUGGCCUAACCCGACCACACACGAGUGA